UUCCCACACUGCCCUGGUCCCAGACUGUCCCAGCCAGGGCAGCAAAAAAGAAAGGAGCAAGUGCCAGGGAGCCAGGCACUUGGAAAGUGGCUAGUUUGACCAAGACCCCCCAACCCUGCCUGGAGAGGUGGUGGCUACUGUUCAGUGUGGCUUGGGAGACAUCAGUGCAGCUUGCCAGCAGAUGUUUGCAGGAUCUGCCCAUCAGGCUCGCUUCCUCCCCCUGCUCAGCUUCACAUCCUGAUUGAAUUAGGGACUGGAACUCACCGCUCUCCCACUGUCAUGGGACCCAGGAUAGGACCAGCAGGUGAGCGGCCCCAGAUGCCAAACAAGGACUCCAAUGCUACAAUGGACACAGAAGACAUACCUGGAGGCAAAUCCAGCCCAGAACCUCGGAACUUUGGGCCUCGUGUCUUCCAAAGCAUCAAGUUCUUCGUCCUGUGCCACAGCCUGCUACAGCUGGCACAGCUCAUGAUCUCUGGCUAUCUCAAGAGUUCCAUCUCCACCGUGGAGAAGCGUUUCGGCCUCUCCAGCCAGACCUCAGGGCUACUGGCCGCCUUCAAUGAGGUGGGUAACACAGCUUUGAUUGUGUUUGUGAGCUAUUUCGGUAGCCGAGUGCACCGGCCCCGCAUGAUCGGCUGUGGGGCUGUCCUAGUAGCCCUGGCAGGGCUACUCAUGAGUCUCCCGCACUUCAUCUCGGAGCCGUACCACUUUGACCACACCAGCCCUGAGGAUGUGUCACAGGACUUCGCAGCUUCCCUGUGCCUGCCCACAGCCUCAGCCCUGGCCCCUGACCACUCCAACGGCAACUGCUCCAGCUUCACAGAGGUCCGGCAUGUGACUGUGGUGGGGCUCAUGUUCCUGGCACAGACCCUGCUUGGCGUGGGCGGAGUGCCAAUUCAGCCCUUUGGGAUCUCCUACAUCGAUGAUUUUGCCCACCACAGCAAUUCACCCCUCUACCUUGGGAUUCUAUUCGCUGUGACCAUGAUGGGGCCAGGGAUGGCCUAUGGUCUGGGCAGCCUCAUGCUGCGCCUCUAUGUGGACAUUGACCGGAUGCCAGAAGGUGGUGUUAGCCUGACCCCGAAGGACCCCCGAUGGGUGGGUGCCUGGUGGCUGGGCUUCCUCAUCUCUGCUGGCAUGGUGGCACUGGCUGCCAUCCCCUACUUCUUCUUCCCCAGGGAGAUGCCCAGGGAGAAGCAUGAGCUUCACUUCUGGCGAAAGGCAUUGGCAGGUGCAGCCUCACCUGUCAACAAGGUUGAGGAUUCUCCCUCUGAACAGAGCCCUGGGAAAUCCUCAAAGAAGCAAGAUAACCCAACCCAGAUGGCACUAGACCUGACUGUGAUCCAGUUCAUUAAAGCCUUCCCCAGGGUGCUGCUGCGAACCCUGCGCCAUCCCAUCUUCUUGCUGGUGGUCCUGUCUCAGGUGUGCAUGUCAUCCAUGGUGGCAGGCAUGGCCACCUUCCUGCCUAAGUUCCUGGAGCGCCAGUUCUCUGUCACAGCCUCCUUUGCCAACAUGCUCAUCGGUGGGCUCACCAUCCCCAUGGCCAUUGUGGGCAUUGUGGUGGGGGGCAUCCUCAUCAAGCGCCUCCACCUAGGCCCCAUGCGUUGCGGAGUUCUUUGCCUGCUUGGAUUGUUGUUGGCUCUGGUGGUCGGCCUCCCUCUCUUCUUCCUUGGCUGCUCAGCCCACCACAUUGCAGGCAUCAAUCUGCAGCCUGACACCCAGCCCAGAGCGGAGCUGUUUCCAGGUUGCAUGGCACCCUGCUCCUGCCCAGUCGAUGGCUUUAACCCAGUCUGCGACACUGACGCCCUUGUGGAGUACAUCACACCCUGCCACGCUGGCUGCACGGCCCAGAUGGUCCGGGCAGAUCUGGAUACAAGCAAGGUUUUCUAUAGCAACUGCAGCUGUGUGGCUGGGGGAGGCCCUGUGCCCGCUGGCUCCUGUGACUCAGCCUGCAGCCACCUGGUGCUGCCCUUCAUCCUCCUGGUCAGCCUGGGAGUGGCACUGGCCAGUGUCUCCCACACACCCAGCUUCAUGCUCAUCCUAAGGGGAGUGAAGAAAGAAGACAAGCCUUUGGCUGUGGGCAUCCAGUUCAUGCUCCUGAGAGUGCUGGCCUGGAUGCCAAGCCCCGUGAUCUACGGCAGUGCCAUUGACACCACCUGCGUGUACUGGGCCUUGAGUUGUGGGCGUCGAGCCGUCUGCCGCUACUAUGACCUUGACCGGCUGCGAAAACGGUUUAUUGGCCUCCAGUUCUUCUUCCAAAUUGGUUCACUCGUAUGCUUUGCCUUGGUUUUGGCUGUCCUGAGGCAGCAGAACAAAGAGGAGGAGACCAAGGAGGCUGUGUCCAGCCCUGGCGCACAGCAACAAUUGCUAAUGUCAGGGUCAGAUAAGAAGCCAAAGGACUCCAGCGUGUGAGCUCUCCUGGGACCCACCCUGGCCAAGAGCAGCAGCCACAGUGGUACUUCUUCAGUCGCUUGCCCAAGAUUGUCAGGAACACUGUGUCCCAGGUCUGGCCCACCACUAAAUUGUGAGUGAUUUCAUGCAAGCUACUGGCUCUGUCUGAGCCUUCGUUUUCUAAUCAGAACCAAGAACUUAUUUGGGAGUUUGUGGUAUUAACCACUUCUGAAGCAAAAGCAUCUUCCCAAGUCCUCCCCCAGCAGCCAGCUGUCCCCAAAUCAAGCUUCCUCUGCUGGGAGGACUGCAUAUGGUCACCUGAGGCCCUAAGACAGAGAAAUCGACCAAAGUAGACCAGGCUGUCCCAACACCACACAGUUCUGCUCUGCCUCGCACUCGCAGCACCCUCCCUGAGUCUCAGUCCCCUCCUCUGUCAGGUGGGGCUGGACUCUUUCAUCUGUGACCAGCCCAGUGGUUAGGAGACACGGGUCUCCUCCAAUCCUCAAGAACUGUCCCUUUGGCGCCCCCUAGAGGCUGAUCCCAAAGCUGAUUUUUAAUUAAGGGGAUCCCCACAAGAAAAAAGGAGCUGGCUUCCCACUCAGGACCUUCCACCUUGGCAAAACCCGGGGCUGGAAGGUUGGCGUGGAUCUUUGCCUGAAGGGGAGUCUUCCUCUCAAACUCAGGAAGUCCCAGCUCUGGGAGACACGGUUUGAGGGUAAACUCCAACCCCUGCCUUAGUGGCCCUGGAGGAGCAGACUCAGCUGAACACUUGGUCAUCUUCCAACUUCAGAGCCCAAACAUAAUUACUAUCUCUGCAUUGUCAGAAUCUCACACCUUUGACAAGGGGUCCCGGAAGUAUCUGUGACUUUUGUGAAUAGAAUCCUAGUUUCCUCUUUUCUUUCCCAGUGCCUAAGUCCCUGUCAUUAGUCCUGGGGAGUUAAUGUUCAAUGCCAUGAGGCUCAAGUUAGUGGUAACCUCUGGUCCUCUGCCUGAUUCAUUGACUCGAUAGACCAUGUCUUGUUUUCUGCAGUCUUGUCUGUCCUGUUUAUUCCCCAGGGCUAGGAGGGUGUCUCCUGUUUGCUCUCAGUCCUAUCUGGUGCCACCUGUACACCCCACCUAUUGCCUGUAUCUUGGGAGGCGCCACCCUGGGAGCUAUUGCUGAUGGCACCUUGUGUGCCCAGUCCUGCUGGCUGAGGACACUCAUGGCUCUUGGCCUCUGGGCAGCUCCCAAUGUCAGAGCUCUGGGGCUUCCCCUUGUGAAAGAUGAAGGAAGUAUAGAAGGUCUAAUUCCUAUCUUAUUCUGCUGCUUAACUGUAAAUGUUUAACAAAUAUCUGAGCCUGUAUUUAUCAGUGUGAGGAAUUUCAAAGUCUCCUCCAACAAGAUGAGGCUUCAGUAGGCUUAUAUUCCUUCUCCUCCCCCCUGUUGCCCAGGUUUUGCAGAUAUAAUUUGGAAUUAUAGAUACAGCUUAUUAUUAAAUUUGUUCUCGUAUAA